AUUGGGAUGUGUCCUGGUUGACUCGCCAAGAGGCAUCACUGAACCCGCUCUUCCUCCAUACGAUAAUUUCAUCUCCGCCUUCUUCUUCUUCUUCGAUUCUCCCUUCAAUUCCCUUCAAAUGUCUCUCUAUGUCAAUGGGUUCUCCUCGAAAUCCAUGAAAAAAUCCUAAUCCUCUCAUAAUCACAUCCAUUUCCCUCUCUUCCUCAUUUCCAAUCCAAUCCAAUCCAAAACCCUAAAAAUGCCCACCACCGCUGCCACCGCCGCUGCCACUGCGAUCGUCUUCCUGUUCAUCAUCGCCACCGCCUCCUCCGCUCCGAUCCUCGGCCUCGAUUCAUUUCUCGCUCAGCAAUCUCGCUUCGACCCACAUGCCUCCAACGACACAUUUCUCUCCCUCUCAUCGUCUCUCAAGAAAUCCCUCUCUAUUUCUUCUUCUCCUCCUCCUCUCAUUCCUUCUUUUAUCUCCUCUCUCCUCUCCCUCUCCCUCUCGUUCUCUCUCCAUGUUCGUCUUGUCGGCGAUUUCCCCUCCGAUUCAUCGACCCAUCUCUCCUCUUUCCUCUCUGCCUCUCUCCCUUCUGACCAUUUCCAUGUUAUUACUCCUUUUGAUUCGUAUCAACACCGUCUUGCCCUUAAGCAUUCCCUUCAUCUCGACGUAUCUCAUGCCUCCUCUCUGGCUACCCAUCUCUCUGAGAUCUUGAAAUCUGAAAUUGCCGGCACUACUUCUAGCCUUCGAUCUUUGCUUCUUGCUGUACCCUAUGACUCUGUGGAUCGUCUCAUAAAGCAGGAUUUCGAGAAGGAGAAAUCCGGCCAAGGGGUUUAUAUAUAUUUGCUUAAUUUGGGCACCCAAGACAAGCCGUAUGCUUACAAAUAUGGUGAAGGGGAUUCUUCCCCUGGUUUUACCAAGUGUUUGGGAAGCAUUUGGAGUGGUGCCGAAAGGUAUUUAUGGAUUGAUUUGGGUGCAGGGCCUGUUGAUUAUGGACCAUCUCUGUCUGGAGAUGGGGUUCUUCCUAGAGGAGAGUUCCAUCCUUUGACGACUUUGCACGGCCGCCCUAAGUCCCAGAAGGCGCUGCUGGCGGAUUUGGCUUCGUUGGUUUGGAGUGCUUACCAGGUUCAUUUAGUUCCUUCUAUGAGAAUUCCUAUUCCUUUUGAGAGUUCAUUGGUUGUUCAAUUUGUACACAUUUAUGGGUCUGAGAGUAAUGAUGGAGAUGAGUUGGAUUGGAAGUCUAUUGAGAGAACCUUGAAUGAUGCUGGGUUGUUGUUGGGUGAGCAGUCUUUGAGAUUUAAGUCUCAUAGGGUAAGCUAUGCUAAGUGCCCCAUUUGUGCGUUUGCAAUAUCUCGGUCCACCAAUUCGUUUACUUCCCGAUUUUUGUUUGAUAACUAUACUUUGAUUGUGAAUGAGUAUUUGGAUUCUAAGCGAUUGCAUCAGAUUCUGUCUGAUUCUGCUGAGGAGUUUAGAAGGGCUGGAUUCCCUGAGGAUGUGGAUAUGGCCAGAGUUAUUCCCGUUUAUGUAUUUGAUUUGAACUUGAACUCAAUCUUGUUGCUUGAUCGUUACCAUCAAUCUGUAGCAUUUAACGACAUGGUUAUUGCUGUAAGGACAAGGAAUACACAGACUGUGAGUGAUUAUAGCUGUAAUGGCCGCCAUGUAUUUACACAUACAAGGAAUCUUGAGAGGCCACUAGUCGGUUCGAUUUUACAGAGUAUGUGGGGAGUUUCACCUACCCAUUUAGCUUGGAGCUCGAGGCACAACGAUACCAUAGUCGAUUACUCGUGGAGCAUCGGGCAAACUCCUUUCGGUCCAUUCUCUGAGGUCUCCUCCUUAUCUUUUGUUCAGAAGGAUGCAGCGAAGAGAAACGUUAUCUUGACAUCAUUGAAUAAUAGUAUCACUAGUGCAAUUGAUGUUCUUAACUCUGUAUCUGCACAUGGGGGUGAUAGAAAUCUGCUAAAAUCGAAGCAACGAACAGAGUUCAUACAGCGGUGGAACCUUUUCAAAUACAAGCUGGACAAAGUGGUGUCUGCAAUGUCGCAUUUUGACUUCGAGAUGGCUUUGUACUACAUAAGAUCUUCAGAUCAUGACCUGUACACGCUUCACUCCAUCGUCUACAAUGCAUCCCAAGAACUUGAGGCAUCGUUGAUUUGCUUUAAAGAUCCUCCAUUUCCAUGGGGUUCUGUGUCUGUAUCUGUAGGAGUUUUCUUUGCUUUCCUGUAUGUUUACACAAAGAGAGAUAGACUUUUCAAGAGCAAAAGAAAGCAAUUUUGAUGCUCAUUAAUGGGUUGCAGGAUAUGUAUUAUCCAACGGCAUCUCAUAUAUGUAAUUUCAUUGCAGAGAUAGAUGGAAGUGUUAGGAUGUUGCAUUCGAUCGUAUGAAACCGGGUACUUUUUUUUAUAUUUGGCAAUAUACUCGAGUUCUGGAUUAUUA